GCACUCGUCCUCAGCUGACACUCUAUUGAGUGGCUAUGGGACCAAGCGGACUUCACCGCAUGGACCUGGAGUAGAAUCUGCUGUAAACUGACACGGCACGCACACACACACACACACACACACACACACACACACACACACACAUCUACACACUUGUAGAAACAAAACACACAAGCAGAGAGGGUUUUUCUUGACCAUGACGGAUACUGCAGCCGAGGAGGACAAGGACCCUGAUAUUGAGCUAUUUGUCAAGGCUGGGAGUGACGGGGAGAGCAUCGGAAACUGUCCCUUCUCUCAGCGCCUCUUUAUGAUCCUCUGGCUGAAAGGUGUAGUCUUCAAUGUCACCACUGUUGACCUCAAGAGGAAACCGGCUGACCUGCACAACCUGGCCCCAGGGACACACCCGCCCUUCCUCACCUUCCAGGGGGAGGUUCUCACUGACGUCAACAAAGUAGAGGAGUAUCUGGAGGAGAUGCUGGCUCCACCAAAGUAUCCCAAACUUGUAGCAAAGAAUCGGGAAUCAAACACAGCAGGAAAUGACAUAUUUGCCAAGUUCUCCGCUUAUGUUAAAAACACAAGACCGGAUAAAAAUCGAGCUUUAGAGCAGAGUCUAAACAAGUCCCUGGCCAAGCUGGAUGAGUAUCUGAUGAGUGCACUACCUGACGAGGUUGAGGCGGGACACCACAGGGGCGAGGGAGAAUCCAAACGCAAAUACCUGGACGGAGACGAACUGACGCUGGCUGACUGCAACCUUCUGCCCAAACUUCAUGUUGUCAAGGUGGUUGCGAAGAAAUACCGGAACUAUGACAUCCCGUCUGAAUUCAAAGGGGUGUGGCGUUACCUCGGCAACGCCUACAACCGAGAUGAGUUCACCAACACGUGCGCAGCAGAUGUGGAAAUCGAGCUAGCCUAUAAGGACGUUGCUAAGAGGUUGGGAAAGUGAAUGCGUCACUAACACAGUCACUGUUGUACCUUUAUCUCCUUUUAGAAAAUCUACUAAAUCAUACUUCUGACGCGCAGCAUACACACUCUUUACAAAGCAUGUGUCGUUUGUAACACCAGUGUGCUGAAAUGUGGUUAAAUGUAGUACAGUGGUGUGGUGUCUCAAAGAAAAGACGAAUGAUUUGUCUUUCUUUUUUUUUUUUUUAAGUUGCUAAGUAGCAUCUCAAGUCUUAUGCCUCUGUAAAAAUACUGACCAUAAAACAAGGGCUGAAAUUGUUUGGCUAUGGUGAUUAUUCCCCUGAUAAUUCUCUAAACAAAUGACAUGAUUUCUAAUGAGGAAAAAAGUUAGCAAUUUACUGUAAAGUGAGAUUUAAAUUCUGCAUGUAAAGAGUUUGGAGGUGUUAUUUCUUUAGCCUUUCCAAAAGCAGUAACAAAAGAGCCAAAGUGUAAGGAAUGGAUUAAACAAUGUUUAUCUGCAUUAAAGGGAUGGUUCGGAGUAAUUUCACCUAUAGGGUCCUUUGCACCAUGACCUCGAGCCAGUCAGCCAGUGUUUGAGCUCUACUAAAGUAUUAGCCUUUCUGCUUCUUAAACGCUAAUAAUUUACCUUGUGAAUUUACAGAUGUAAUAGGAAAAAUGGUACGCAUAAAGCAGCUUUUGAUUUACCUGUCCUCUUUUUUCUGUGGAAUGGAUGAUAUUGUAUUACAUUGCAGAGUCAAAUUCAUAGACAAUAAAGUGUUGUUGGGAAAGCUGUUUGAGAAUGUGUUUCAGCCAAAGUAAUUUGUCUUUUAUUGGAGGCAGCAUCAGCUUUGUAGAUUUUAGAGAUAUGGUGUCUCGCUUCUUUUCACAAAGAGGCAAUGGUUGAAUGAUUGACUUUUACAGUGUUACACCACAGUUUAUGACUGAUCCUUGUCUGGUCUCAGUGUAAUUCAGAUGAAAACUAUACUUUCAAUUUAAUAAAUCAGCCUGUAGUGAAAAGAAAAAGCACC